AUGGCACCCCAUUAUGACAACCCAUGGGACAUUUUCCAUUCCUGGUACGGCCCUGCUCCUCGCCAGCCAGGCGCCGGCGUAGACCACACCAACAACGCAGCGCCGCCCUUCCCUUUCCCAUUCCGAGGUCCACACCCGCCUCCGCCUCCGCCUUUUUCCUUCAACCCAGACGAUUACGCCGAUGAGGCCGACUGGAGUGGACGUGGUGGUGGGCGCGGAGGACGUGGCAGACGCAAUCGCUCGCCUCAUUACCGUGACCAUCCGGAGUCUUACAGCGACAAUGUGAAUGCGGGAAGUGCUCAGGCGAAUACGGCUUCCGGAGAGGCUGAGAAUGAGAAAAGCAGCCACGAUACCUCUCCAGAUACCGCGCACGAAGGAGAGGACUUCCCCGACCCUGCCGAAGUCACUCCCUCGGAAAGCGACGAUGGCGAAGACCAUGGCCACGGCGGUGCUCCUCCAUUUUACGCCUCCGAAGAUGCCUCUGGUCGACGAGGCGGACGCGGCGGGCCUCGUGGUCGUGGCGGAUGGGGCCAUGCUCACGCUCACGCUCACGGCCACGGUCGAGGCCGCUGUGGAGGCCGUCGCGGCGGAUGGCGCCGAGGCUUCGGAGGUCCCUUCGGAGGCGGUCCCGGCGCUGGCGGGCCCGGAGGUCCUCACCCUCCUCCCCCGCAGCCUCCCUUUGACUUCCCCGGCAUGAUGCGCGGCUUCAUGGACCACCCUUUCUUCCAAAACUUGCGCGAGCAGGCUGAGCGCUACUACCGCCCUGCUGACGGAGAGAAUGCCCGCCAGCCACAGCAGCAGUCUGACGAGGCCGACGACGCCUUCACUCCGCCAAUCGACAUCUUCAACACCCCCACCGCCUUCAUCCUCCACGCCGCCCUUCCAGGCGCCAAAAAGGAACACAUUGGCGUGACGUGGAACCCGCAGUCCCGCACCCUCCGCAUCGCCGGCGUCGUCCACCGCCCCGGCGACGAAGCGUUCCUGCAGACGCUCACGUCCGUCCAGGAGCGCAGGGUCGGCCUCUUCGAGAAGGAGGUCAAGCUGCCCCCCGCGGGCGUGUCCGAGGAAGACCAGGACGUGGAGGUGGAUGGAUCUGGCAUCACGGCCAAGAUGGAGGAGGGAGUGCUGAUUGUUACGGUGCCCAAGGUGGACAAGGAGUGGAUGGAGGUGCGAAAGGUGGACAUUGAGUAA